AUGGCUGGUCCCUACUUUGACUACCAGUUUCGUUUAAUUCUAAUAGGUGACAGUACCGUUGGAAAGUCGUCCCUUCUUCAAUAUUUUCAUGAAGGCAAGUUGUCUUCCACACCUGAACCGACCGUUGGUGUCGAUUUCUUCUCUCGUAAUAUAAUUUUGUCCGAUGGCAAGAUAGUUAAGCUGCGACUUUGGGAUACUGCAGGCCAGGAAAAAUUCAAAUCAAUUACUCGUUCCUACUAUCGGAAUGCAGUUGGAGCGUUGUUGAUUUUUGACAUUACGAACCGUGAGUCGUUUGAUCACAUAAAGGGGUGGUAUGAAGACGCUUCUGCUAACAUGAGGAGUCAACAAGCAAUGUUUGUGCUGUGUGGACAAAAGGCUGAUCUGGAAAAUCGCCGAGAGGUAUCACGUCUAGAAGCAGAAGCUCUUGCUCAAAGCUUGGGCAUACCUUAUAUGGAAACGUCGGCACUUCUUGGUACCAACGUUGAGCAGGCAUUCUACUUGCUUGCCGAAUCUGUUUACAAUCAUAUGCAGGCUGGUGGAUUUAGAAACCUCGAAACUGUGAGUGGUUGGGACGGCAUUAAGGAAGGAUACGGCAGCAGAGGGGCUAUCGCAUCCUAUAGGUCCCCUCAACCGCCGCACAACAGAAUUUCGCUCCGUGACGAGGCCCCUGUUUCGUCCAGCUGUUGCUGAGCCAUUUCGUUGCCAUUGGAUUCACUUGUUCCCCUUGUAAAUGUUCACCCAGUUGUCUUUCAUACUUGCGC